UCAGAAAUGAAACCGAACUUCCCCUCCUCCUCUCAGCUCACAGCAGCUGCGGUCAGUCAGUCUGUCUGUCGGUCUGCUGGAAGCAGAGAUCCGCAGUCUGAGCGCCAUGGAGGCCACGAUCCUGAAGAUCAUCUGCGCCAACCAGGGCGCGGUGGGGACCGACGACCUGAUGUUCAACCUGUUCCCAGGUGACUCCUCCAACGUGUCGCAGGUCAUCAGUAACCAGGACAAGUUCGCCCUGUGCUGCCCGAACGGACAGCCGACGGUGGUGGUCCGGACCCGGCUGAGGCUGUGCAGGGUGAAGGAGUGCCCCGGAACCUGCAGGGGGUUACACCUGUGUCAAUUCUACCUGUUCAAGGGCUCCUGUGGCUUCUCUCUGCUCAGGAGAGGCUGCAACUUCUCCCACGAGCUGAAGUCUGACCACAACCAGAGGAUUCUGAGGGAAAAUGAGCUGGAGAGUCUGACCCUGGAGGAGCUGCGAACGCUGCUGCUGCAGAGCGACAACACACUGCUGCCUCCAGUCUGCUAUGAUUACAACAACGGUCACGGAGAUUUUGGUCGCUGUCAGGAAGGCGACGCCUGCAAACGACUUCACAUCUGUGAGAAGUCCUUCAGGAGUGAGUGCAUCUGCUACAGGAACCAUGACUUCAAUGCUCCACAGCCGCUACGAACCCUGCAGGAAAAAGGCAUCCCAGACACCCUGUUCCCCUCCCUGAAAUCCGUCUACGUGAAUAAAGAGGCUCUGAGGUUCUCCGGCAACACUGAUGGAAGAGGGAGAGGAAGAGGAAGAGCAAGAGGAAGAGGUGGCAAUAGAAGGGGCAGGGGCAGAGGAAGCCAUGACAACCAACCAAGGGAGAUACGAGCCGCUUCCCUCAGCGACAUCCUCGAAAACAUCGACACCUUGGAUCUGUACGGCGCCGAUGGAUCGUCCGACGGCGAGGCGUCCGUCGCGAGUAGCGAAGGCGGAAAGCACAAUGAACAUCCGAAUAAAACUUCUGCAGCUUUCAGAGGAAGAGGUGGCAACCGGGGCAACCGGGGCAACCGAGGCAACCGGGGCAACCGGGGCAACUUUCAGCAGCUACCAAAAACCCGCUCCACCAGUCACAUUUUCACUGCUGCCGAAGCUGCAAAUGGCAGUGAUGCUCCGAACAGACGACCAAGGCCUGUCAGAGAUAAAACGGAGAUCUGCAUGUUCUAUGUCAAAGGACACUGCAUCCAUGAGGAUCGUUGUUUCAAAGCUCACGACAAGAUGCCGUACAGAUGGGAGGUGAAAGAGGGCGACCAGUGGACCAGCAUGCCUGAGAACGAGAUGAUUGAGAAGGAUUACUGUGAUCCCAAAAACACAUACAGUACCACCAGCCAAGUUGUGCAUUUCGACACGAUGACCUGUGGACCGAACAAAGUGCGACGUCUUUCCACCAUGAACUCUUUGCUUCAGCCGACUUACAUCCUCACCACCGAGUGGCUUUGGUACUGGCAGGAUGAGUUCGGAAAUUGGAACCAGUACGCUUCAGAUACCGGUGCACACAGACCAUCAGAUGUCGACAGCGCAACUCUGGAGCAGAAGUUUCUGGACAACGACAAAGAUGUGGUGGAAUUUAAAGCUGGUUCACAGACGUACUCGCUCAGUUUCCAGGACAUGAUACAAACAAACAAGCAGUACGACACUCUGAGGAUCGUGUGUCGACGUCCUCGCUUUGUUUCUGCUGCCGAUGUUCAAGAAAAGAAAGUGAGCAGAAAACCUCCGAGUCACGCCAACUCCACCCCCGUACCGGACACCUGGGACAAGACUCAGAUCCCUGCCAAAGGAUGCUUGAGAAUCACUCUAAAGAGCACCUCAGAUGAAUUCAAGGAGAUUGAAACUCUCUUCUGUAGAACCAUGCGAGGCUUCGAUAUCAUCAGCAUCGAGAGGAUUCAGAACAAAGCUCUCUGGGAAGUCUUCCAGUGGCAGAAGAAUCAGAUGAAGACCAACAAUGGAGGUCGCACUGUGAUGGAAAGGAAGCUUUUCCAUGGCACCGACAGUAAACACAUAGAGGCCAUCUGCCUCCACAACUUCGACUGGAGAGUCUGUGGAGUUAAUGGAACUGCUUUUGGCAAAGGUAGCUACUUUGCCCGGGAUGCCAAAUACUCCCACGACUACACCGGCAACACCGAUGUCAGAACCAUGUUUGUCUCACGGGUGUUGGUGGGAGAUUAUACCAAAGGGGAGUCUGACUACCGCCGACCUCCUUCCAAGGACGGCGGAGACAUAAACUUCUUCGACAGCUGUGUAAACGACGUUAUGAACCCGUCCAUAUUUAUUGUGUUUGAGAAGCACCAGAUCUACCCCGAGUACCUGCUAAAGUACAAGACCACAAAGCCGCCAGUUGACAUAUUUGGUGCUGCGACACGGUGGGGGCCAAACCCUGUACCAGCACCGAACCCGGUAGCGGCGCCAAACCCUGUGCUGGUACCAAAGCCAGCACCAGCUCCAAAACCAGUACCCAUUUUGAAACCAACACCUGCUCCGAGACCUGCUGUCCAACCAAGCAUAUCAGUUUACCAACGCAACACAGUCUCAUACACACCACGCAGCACAUCCUCAUACCAAUCCAGCACCUCGCCUUAUCAAUCCAGCGCCUCGCCUUACCAGUCCAGCACCUCGCCUUACCAAUCCAGCGCCUCGCCUUACCAGUCCAGCGCCUCGCCUUACCAAUCCAGCGCCUCGCCUUACCAGUCCAGCGCCUCGCCUUACCAAUCCAGCGCCUCGCCUUACCAAUCCAGCACCUCGUCUUACCAAUCCAGCGCCUCGCCUUACCAAUCCAGCACCUCGUUUUACCAAUCCAGCACCUCGCCUUACCAAUCCAGCACCUCGUCUUACCAAUCCAGCACCUCGUCUUACCAAUCCAGCACCUCGUCUUACCAAUCCAGCACCUCGUCUUACCCACGUAGCACAACGUCCUCUUCGUACCGACCCGCCCAGUUUUCUCCACCUUCCCCACCUCCAAAGAAGUCUGGUUCGUGUGCCAUUGCUUAGGGACGACUGUGAAGUGAGGGCAGAUGUUGUUUUUGGAACAGAUAAUAGCAUUUGAAGGAGCUGGAUGCUUUGGGUUAUUGGACAAACAGCUUAGAUAUAGCAGUAAUAUCAGUUAAAGUAUAGAAACAUGUGGCAAUGUAGCUGAAAGUGCUUAUUACUAUGAAGCAUCAAAUAGCACUAAAAUUGUUCAUCACAAAUUACACUAAAAAGGUUAAUAUUAGUGACUGCUGCUAUGCUUUGCAGUAGCCAGUUAAGCUUCCAAAAUCGGUAACAGAUAACAUGAACGUUAUUCCAUCCACUGCUGUUAAUUCUAAUCAGAUGGUGGCACUAACUGGUGGGAUUAAACCAUUUUAGGUUUAAUUUGAAACAUAAACAAUAUAGAAAACUUAAUAUAAAUAUGGAAGGGUGAAUAUGUUAGCCACAUGCUACCAUGAUUAAUUCAUUACCUUUUAGAUUGCACUUUGUAGAUUUUAUCUAUGCAUCACUUUUCAAUGUGAAUUAAAUGUAAAAAAAAAUCAUGAGCAAACUUUUUGUCUCAACAUUUCCACUCAGGUUUUUUCAACUGGAAAUAAGCAUAAAAUGCUGGUGGAGGUGUGGUUUACAGAAAGUGCAGCACGUCAGUCGGUGUUGUAAAAAGCAGCAGUCGGCUCAAAGUUCCCGAGUGUAGUUUUUAUAAAUCUUGCUCAGGAAUUUUUUUGUCAUAAAAAAUCCAACAUACUGUUUUAAAUGUGUCAGAUAAGGCUGUUAUGGAGUCAGAUGUUCUGGUGUUGACUCGGCUGAGACACAUGACAGAAUACAUGUUGGUAACUGACCAGUCACUGCUCAGAAGCCAUUAUUAGAAACAUGCAUGUAAACAAGCAGUGUGUUGUGUCUGACGGGAUAAACAUAAAUAAGAAAAACACGAUGGAUCCGUCGAGUUGCACAAACGUGACAACAUGGUGGUCGGUCAGUCCUGUAGCCCGACGGUCACUUUGCCUUAUUUGCAAUGUUGUGAGCGCUCUGAGCUCCUAUUAUUUAACGUUAAAGUAAAAAAUAAAACGGAAGAAAAUCGAGGGCUGCACCAGAUGCAGCAUUAGUUUACUGUCAGCAGCGGUGAAUACUGGCACCACAGCCUCUACCAACAAGUAGAGGGCGACAAAAUACCUGUUAGAGGUCACAAAUAUAUAAAAAUAAUACAUUUAUUCACAAAAUGAGGAUGAAUGAGGCUAUGUAGUGGGUUGAAUGGAGUGUUUGUUUUGCAUUAUGUUUAGAGUUAUUGCAAAUUGCAGAUUUUGUGUUGAAUGUUCUGAUUUGAUGGCAAAAAAAACCAUGCUCUUUUUCAAAAUUAUCUGUUAGCAUUGUUGAUGUUGUGCUUUGAAAAUCAAUAAAUGUUAGAUCCAUCUUAAAGGCAA